AUGGCCAUUUCUGAUCGUCAUUUACAAUAUGUGUUAGAGCCUCUUCCGGAACCAAUCACCUACAGAUAUCAUUUGGAGGUCUCCCAACAACCCAUAAGGGCAAGAAUGUGCGGUUUCGGGGAUAAGGAUCGUCGUCCUAUCGAUCCACCUCCAGUUGUUAGGCUUCUUGUGUCUACCGCGGAUGGAACUCCCGUGCCCGAAAGUUCUGUCGACCAUUCUAUGAUGAUCGUUCACGCUGGGCUUUGGUCCGAAGAUUCAAUUGAAGAGCGAAGCCUAGUAAUCAAUCCUUCCUCUAUUCCUACACAAUCAACUGGUCCCAGCUCGACUGUAAUGUCACUGAACGCACCGUCCAGUACGCGGAAUCUCAUGGGCCAUUGCACAUCGUCAGCAUAUGUACUAAACAAUCACAUGGGUCAACAAGGAAUUUAUUUUAUUUUUCAAGAUUUGUCUGUUCGCACUGAAGGUUCUUUCACGUUAAAAUUUUCUUUUUGCGACGUUAAAGAACUACUUGUUCGUAGAUCACUCAACGGGUUUCCAAACACUCGUGGUACUGUUGCAGCUGAAGUGUACAGCGCACCUUUUAAGGUAUAUUCAGCAAAGAAAUUUCCCGGUAUGACAGAAUCAACUAUGUUGUCCAAAGCCUUCGCAAAACAAGGAAUUAAAAUCCCGAUCCGCAAGGAAACUCGUUAUCGCAAACCAAACAACGACGAUUUGCGUGAACCUUCGAAUGACGACGCACCCGAAGCCUCUUCUUCGGUUACAUCUACCAACAUUGAUGCGCCUAAGGCCUCCGAUUCUUCUGUUGACCAAGAGGGUCACACAGAAGAAAAACGUGACCAUCAUGAUCUAUCAGAAGAUGAAGAAACUACUGUCGAUGAAGCGGAAGAGGAGGGCAAAGGAGUGGAGAUACUUUCCCGACUUUUUAAGUCUCCACUUUCUUUUCGCUUGGACUUGGAAGCUGUUAUCAGACUGUAA